AUGGCGCUGACACUCCCUUGGAAUAGCCAGGGACCGAGCAGGAACCAGGAAAUACAAGCUCUCCCUGUCCAGAAAACACUUCUGCUUCAUGGAGGAGGGAGCGACAUGGGCAAUCGCUGCAGCUGCGGGCGACCAUGGAACUGUCCUUCGCCUUUUAAAAGAAAGAAAGAAAAGCAAGAAACUAAUGUGAGACAUGAGAGCCAACAGCAUCAGCCUGGCAGGAAGGCUCCAAUGUACGAAGAUGUCCCAGAGUUUCCUGUCUACGCCACUGUGAGUAAACCCAAGAGUGUGAAGCAGGAUGACAGCAUUCAUUAUGCAGACAUCCAAGUGUUCACCAAGGUCCGCGAACGCUCUGCAGCAGAGGUGAAGAACUUACAAAUGCAGAAUGCCACGGAGUAUGCCACCCUCAACUUUCCCCGGCCCAGGCUGAAAUAUGACAGUAAGAAUGGGACCCUGGUAUAA